CCCGCAGGCCGCAGGGGCUAUUGCGAGCAAUGCGACAUGGAGGGGUUUACCUUAGGCUAACCUAGUCGCUUCAUCAGCCGGUACUACCUCCGGGCAACAGAUCGAAAACUUUGGACGGGUUCCUUCCAGUUGCAUGAACCCUUUUCUCCUUCUUUUCCGAAUCUUGUUUUCGUUGCACCCCUCAAUAACAUCUAUAUAUAAUAGCGUUGAUAUCGUUGUCGUCCUUCUGUCCUUUCAAUUUGAAGCAUCUUCAGCACCUGCGACCUGAACAUGCCCGGAGAAACAAAUGGGAACGAUAACCCUAGGGAGUACCCAGGCGAGUCAGAAGAGCAGAUUCAAAUAGACCUACAGUCAGAAGGGUUCAAACGGCAAAAGUCGAGGUAUAGGGCGUCCGUCGCAUGUGCUUCAUGUAGAGACAGGCGGAUACGAUGCGUGGUACCGCCUGGAAAGACAGUAUGCACUCAAUGCAAAAAGUCCGGUGCUGAAUGCAUCAUCAAGAAUGACGAUGAAAGAAGAAGACCUAUCUCGCGAGCUUAUAUGUGUUCCUUGACGGACCGAGUCGCUCUUUUGGAAAACCUGCUCCGGGAACACAACAUCGAACCUCCACCAGCUCAAUAUCCACCAAUGUCCAGACAUAUGAAAAAUGAGGGGAUAUCUCCGAGCCGGCAAAUCCCAGGAAAUUAUAUUCCAGGCUCUAGUCACGCACAACAAGAGUUCACACAUAUAUCCAUGGAGCAAUUCAAGCAGAAUCACGGCCAACAGAUUGGCUCCGAGUGGCAAUUGACUGGUGAUGCGGACCGCGCAUCAAGUUACCGAGGAGUGAGCUUAAAUAAGAGCAAGGGCGAAGGCAUGAUCCACCGACUCCUAGGGACCAGUGGACAUCUCUCGUUCGACCAACUUAACGAAAGGCUUCGGUACUACGGCCCUACGACCAUCCCGCACGUCCAUUCGGGAUUUGGCUCGUCCUUAGAAGACUCCGCGGGGUCGGCGGAGCAGGCUCGACGAGCAGAGCAGGUCAUCGAACGGCUGCCCGUUGAUACACAUGAUUACUUGAUCGGGCUCUUCUGGAAGUAUUAUAACAAUGUAGUCCACGUGAUUCAUCAAGACGCAUUCCUGGAAGAUCGAAACAGCGGGCGUACCCAGUUUUACAGCGGGUUCUUGCACAUAUGCAUUCUUGCAAUGGGCUUUCGAUUUGCCGACAAGACUCGUCCAGAUAUACAACGAAUCACACUACCACGGAAAGAGAGUACUCUGCAUCGGGAAGCGAAGUACAUACUCGAUUCGGAACUGGAGCGGCCAGGGGGGAUACCGACUGUCAUAGCACUACUUCUCGUAAGCGAUUUGGAGUGCGGUGUUGGACGGGAAAAUGUUGGCUGGCUUUAUACGGGGAUGGCUAUUCGGCAAGCUUUCGAUAUCGGUUUGCAUCUCGACAUUCGAUCAUCCGCCCUUUCCGAACGCGAAGUUGAGACCCGUCGGUUAGCAUUUUGGUCCUGUGUCAUCUACGAUAAACAUUGGGCGCUCUUCCUUGGCAGACCACCGUCGAUGAAACCAUCCGACCUAGAGAUCAACAACCUUUCAAGACAUUUCGAGCGACUAGGCACCUAUCGCCCGGCUGGACCUGGAAAGUCUUGGGAAACCCAGAUAUACGAGGCCAUUCUCGAUCUCCUGGAGCUGGCUGGCAAAAUCACGGAACACAUAGACUCGGAGUCCCCGAUCGAUGCGGAGAUAGCGCGGAAUUCCUAUCGUCGAAUCGCUGCUCUUGACCGAGAAUUUAACCGAUGGUAUGAGCGGUUGCCAGAGAUCUUGAAAUGGACUCAAGCGAACAUCGAUAGCGCGCCGUUCUCCUUCUUCGUACUCCAUCAGCAGUAUCACGCCUUGCUCAUCUGCCUUCAUCGGCCAUACGCUAUGUAUGCAGGCCCGAAUCCCAAUGAAAAUGAAAAUGGGACUGGAAACCAUGUAAGAAAUAGCGGAUUUGAGGGCCCUUGCUCAUCCUUGAGCCGCGACAUUUGCACCAAGCACGCUAUCAGGAUUGCGAAGAUCUUCUCGACACAUAGGCAGCGGUUUGAUAUAAAGCAGAUAUUUGUCACAGGAAUGCAGAAUGCUGUAUCCGCUGCCACCGCCUUAGUCGUCGAUCUCGCAUUCAUCAAAGAUUCUUCGGACCGCCAAGCCAAGAUGCAAUACCUCGACAUCCUCUACGGCGCCCUCCAAGAAAUGACUGUGACCUUCCAGCCUGCACAGCGCAUGUCGCUUGUCCUGCGCACUGUAAUGGAAGAGCUCCGUGGCGGGGAAUCACCAUUCAAUGGCAGCUUCGCAAAACCCAGCCUCAGCCUCGUCCCCACUCGACGGGGAAGCAUACCUCAUAACGAUUCUCAAGGGGAUGGCGCUGUCAAGCGGUCGAGAACAAAUGGCGGGUUCAAUCAACGCCAUAGCUCGAACACCGCCGCGCCAUGGAGCGCGCCAUUAAACUGGCAGACGGACCCGACUCUCGCGAACAUAACACCCCUCACCCAGGGAAGCUCCCACCUCCACCGCUUCCACCCGUCCCUCCUACCAAGUGAUGUCGGCCGAGAUCAACCAAAGGGCUUCGUCGUCACGCCGCGGAGCAACGCCACCUCAUGGAUCCACCCAACCAUGGCGAUAGAAGGUAUCCCAGUCCACCGCAACGUGGCCGACCCGAACCCCAUCCCGCUCAAUAACAUAGUCAGCGGCCCCUUUGGUAGCUUCGGCAUGGAGAGUAGGGGAGUGGAUAUCGCGGGUCUAGCGAGCGGGAAUUUCCCCGAAAUCACCCCUGUUGACCAGGGUGUGGAUUGUGAGAUGAUAGGGGAAAACAAGAUGUAUCCCACCGAGAGCGAUCUCGCAUGGGCAAGCGCGGAUAUCGAGAAUGGGAGCGUGGACCUCGCCAAGUUCGCGAGAAAGUAUUUCCUCGAAAUUACCCCCGUUGAUCAGGAGGUGGAUCAUGAGAUGACAGGUGAAGGGACACAGAUUCAGGCCGCCAGCAGCAAUCCCGCAUGGACGAGCGCGAACAUCGAGACUAACAGAGUAAAUCUCGCCAAGUUCGCGAGCAAGCAAUUCCCGGAGUUCGACUCGCUGCUUCAGGAGGCGCAUCCCGUAGAAACCGGGGAUGGAGAGGCCGACGGUGUUGGCGAACUGGAGCCGACGGGUCGAGAGGGCGAUGCGGAGAUGGGCGAGCCGGUGGAUUUCCGGACGUUAGGGACGUUGGGGACGUUGAGGGGAGAGGAGUGGAAAGAGUGGCAUAGAGUCGGGAUGGGGGGUGGUGGGGGGUUGAUUUGGUAGGAGACUCGAGAGGGGAUGUUCGAUCUUUGGUUGCUUGGCGUGCCUUAAGAGUAGACCUGAUAUAUGAUGGGGAUAGGCUUGGGAAAUUCAUUACGACAGAUACCACCUCCAUAUACCGAUCUCACGACAUC